GUGUGAUGUGCAUGGCGAUCAGAGUACAGGCGAAUAUUUGGAAGAAUACGGUGGAGUGCUUGAAACGACAUGAUUUUUAGGAUAAUUCUCCGCUUUGCAUCUUUUGUCUCCUGCAUAGCGGGUGUUGUAAGUUAUCAUCCUUUCUUCUUCCCACGAUAUCAACCUGACAAUUAUGGCUCCGUUCGCAAAUCUCAAACAAGUAAAACACCAUUCGAGUAUAAGAGGCGAGGACCUUCGGGCUUUGACAGACUGUCAAUGGGUUUCAUAAAGCGAGACAACGACGAGACCACGGACUCCAAUGGGAAAUUGUUCAAUAAUGCCAUGUACGACAGGCUGUUGGGAGAUGUACUUGACAAAAUAACACUUGAGAAUUCGCCUCAAUACAGUAAACGUUAUUUUGACAGACUUUCGUCGGGAUUUAUUCGCAAGAAACGCUCAACAGCCAAGGACAAUUCGCCGUCUGUUAUUAAUAGUAUGCCCACUCAACACCUUAAUAUUCAGCAUAAUGAAAAUAUCAUCAAACCCAUGGAGCAUGUUAACAUUGGUGUCAAUGAGGAUUCCGAUAGGAACACGACACGUCAAUUACAAGGCGAUGACAGCGCAGGCUCUGAUAACAACAAGCGAGGUUUUGACAGACUGAAUGCUGGGUUUGUGAAGCGCCCAUUUGACAGACUAAACUCCGGCUUUGUGAAACGUCCGUUCGACCGAUUGAGCUCUGGAUUUGUGAAGCGCCCGUUCGAUAGGCUUACAUCAGGAUUUGUUAAGCGUCCUUCUAAUAGCGUAAUUGAUGAGCCAGACCAGAUGAAUGCAGAUGAUAAAAAGCGUGGUUUUGACAGGUUAAACUACGGCUUGGUCAAACGACCUUUCGACAGACUCAAUUCUGGAUUUGUCAAAAAGGACGACGAAACCCUUGAUAACGGCGAUGUAAUCAAUGAGAAAAGGUACUUCGACAGAUUGAAUAUGGGGUUUAUCAAACGAAAUGGCAUACUGGCAGAAAAUGAUGCAGCUUCCCGAGUUGAUGAUAAACGUGGCUUUGACAGGUUAACCAGCAGUUUCGUCAAGAAAAAGGAAAUGCUUGAAGAUAAGGAAGAUGUAAGCGGUCUUAAAAUGGAAAACAAACGGUAUUUUGACCGUUUAACAAACGGGUUUGUUAAAAAGAACGACAAUUCUAAUAUCGAGAGAGACGAACACGAUACCGAUAUGAACAAGCGCCGAUUCGACAGGAUAUCCAAUGGCUUCGUAAAACGUCCGCAAGAAAACACCAACAGCUCAGAUGACCACUAAGAAGACAAAAGAUACUUUGACAUAUUGGAUACAGGCUUCAUUUAAUAAAACAAAACAUCACAAUCGGAGGAACUGGCACACGCUUGCGAUAAUCACCGAAUAUAACAAAUUGUUAAUUUAAAAUAUACUAUGUUAAGUAACAUGUUAAUACAAUGCAACGUUCAAAUUUGGUCAUUAAGCUUAGUAUUAAUUUAAUAGGCUAUUAUAUUAAGUUAUACAACUUAAACACUGUACAAUAAUAUAUGUUUCGAUAAGCAUUCUGGUAAAUACUUGUUUAAUUAGAAAGUGCCUUGAUGAUAAAUUAAAUGUUAUAUAUUUAAAAGAACUAUGGUAAUUGAAAUAGCUCUCAAGUUCUAUAUCAAACAAAAUAUACGUUAACUAUAGCUACAACUAUUUGAACCUAGUAUGCAUUUGUCUUAUAUUCGGGAGUGAGUGUUUAUCAGCAUGUUUAGUUAUCAAAGGCAUUCAUAACAACAUUUUUUUUGUAUUCGUUUUUUGUACUUUAUUCAUUACAUAAUAUAUGCACAUACCAUCAUUUUA